CUUGGUCACGCGGAGAGCACUUCGUGAACCUCGUCUUCCGCGCGGGCUCCGAGGAUUAGAAUCUAAAAAAAUUAACUAGGCUGUCGUUUAAUCAUCGUAAACUUCAGUCAAUGAAAAGCUGUGCGGUUUAGUCCACAUGACCACUUCCCGUCUCAUGUGGACAGGUGUUGCUGCCCCUGCACUGUCCUUCCUUGGCCUCUCAGCCGAACCUCCCCAGUUCUCCCCAGAGCAGCAGAAUGAACACACAGGAGGGCGCAUCUCACAGUGUACCACGUGGGGAUCGAACCAACAUCCUUGGUGCUACCAGCACCAUGCUCUAUCUAACCAACUGAGCUAACCGGCCAGCCCGGAGAAGUAAAAAUAAAGCCAGCCUUGAGGGAAAAUAUACAUUUUCAGCAUUAGCUGUGAUGUUUGUUGUGGGCUCUUGGCCUCAGUGUCCUUCAAGGAUGUGACUGUGGAGUUCACCCAGGAGGAGUGGCAGCGCCUGGGCCCUGCUCAGCGGGCCCUCUACAGAGACGUGAUGCUGGAGAUCUACAGCCACCUUGUCUCCGUGGGUUAUUGCUCGAUAGAACCAGAAGUGAUCUUCAAGUUGGAACAAGAAGACCCAUUGUUAGUAGAGCACACAUUUCUAAAUGGCAAUUAUGCAGAAGACUACCAACGUGAUCUUUUAGAGAACAGCCAGGUAAACCAGGACAAGUAUUUAUGUCAAGUUUUAUUCACCACCAACAGACCAGUGACUACCGAGCAAGAGAAAGUUUCAGGAAAACUGUUCAAUCUGGGCACAGACAUUGUUCCUUCAAGAAAAAUUCUCUCUACAUGUAACACUGUGCGGCCUACAUACUUUCGUCUCUACUCAUUGGCUCCACAUAAUGACUCAAAAAACAAGACUGAUGAAUUUAAUACAUCUCAUUCUAAUACUAGAAAUGAGAGAACAAACACUAGAGAGAAGUCUUUGGAAUACAAUCAAAAUGUGCACAGUUUCAUUAAUAGUUGUGUGGACGAACUUACUUUGGGGCAGUCUUUUGAUUAUGAUGAACGGGGUAGUGCUUUGCAUGAUAAGGCUUCCUCCAUUACAUGGAAGAGUGCUUACACAAAAGAGAGGUUUUAUUAUAAAUUUGGAACAAAACUAUGUGCUGACUCAGCCCUUGUUGUCUCUCCAAGUAUUCACACAGAGAAGAGUCAGUGUGGAUUUCAUGAAGAUCAAUGUAAUGAAAUUGGGAACAAUUUCAGAAUGGUUGCUAAACUUCAGAGAACUGAUACAAGAGAGAAAACGUUUGCUCAAAAAGCUCACUUUAGAGAAUAUCAGAGAAAUUACACAGGAGAGCAACUGCUUGAGUGUGGGAAAAACUUGAGCUACAACUCAGCCAUUAACAUGCAACAGAGAACUCACCCAAUAGAGCUAUCUUGUGAUAAUAAAACACGUGAGCAAAGUUUCAGUUCUCAGUCGACCUUCACAAUACAGAAAAUUCAUGGGAAGAAAAAACACUAUGAGUGUAAUGAAUGUCAAAAAUCUUUCUUUAGGAGGUCAUCACUCAUUUUACAUCAAAGAAGUCACACAGGUAAGAAAAUUUAUGAAUGUCAUGAAUGUGGGACAGCUUUUCCCUGGAAAUUAUCACUCAUUGUACAUCAGAGAACUCACACAGGGGAGAAACCCUAUCAAUGUAAUGAAUGUGGUAAGAGUUAUGCCUGGAAAUCAAGCCUUGGAAAACAUCACAGAUCUCACACAGGGGAGAAACCUUAUCAAUGUAAUGAAUGUGGUAAAACCUACACUGAGAAGUCAAGCCUUGUUGUACAUCAGAGAACUCACACAGGGGAGAAACCGUAUAAAUGCAGUGAGUGUGGAAAAGCUUUCAUCUCCAUGUCACACCUCAGAGAGCAUCAGAGAACUCACACAGAGGAAAAACCAUAUGAAUGUACUAAAUGUGGGAAAACUUUCAGGCGCAGUGCAAGCCUUGGAGUACAUCAGAGAACUCACACAGGGCAGAAACCCUAUAAAUGUAAUGAAUGUGGGAAAACUUUCCUUUGGAAGCAAGUCCUGAAUAUACAUUGGAGAACUCAUACAGGAGAGAAGCCCUAUGAAUGUGUUGAAUGUGGGAGAGCUUUCACAUGCAAAAAAGAACUUACACAACAUCAGAAGACUCAUACGGGUGAGAAACCCUAUAAAUGCAAUGAAUGUGGUAAAAGUUUCACCAAGAAGUCAAAUCUUGGAAAACAUCAGAGAACUCACACGGGGGAGAAACGCUAUCAAUGUAACGAAUGUGGAAAAGCGUUGACCUCCAUGUCAAACCUCAGAGGACAUCAGCGCACUCACACAGGGGAGAAACCCUAUCCAUGUAAUGAAUGUGGUAAGACUUUCAGCCAGAAGACAAAUCUUGGAAAACAUCAGCGAACUCACACAGGGGAGAAACCGUAUCAAUGUAAUGAGUGUGGGAAAGCUUUCACCUCCAUGUCAUACCUGAGAGAACAUCAGAGAACUCACACAGGGGAGAAACCUUAUCAAUGUAAUGAAUGUGGUAAGACUUUCAGCCAGAAGACAAAUCUUGGAAAACAUCAGAGGACUCACACAGGGGAGAAACCUUAUCAAUGUAAUGAAUGUGGGAAAGCUUUUACCUCCAUGUCGUACCACAGAGAACAUCAGAGAACUCAUACAGGGGAUAAACCAUAUCAAUGUAAUGAAUGUGGGAAAACUUUCAGGCAGAGGUCAAACCUUAGAAAACAUCAGAGAAUUCACAGAGGUGAGAAACCCUAUGAAUGUAAUAAAUGUGGAAAAACUUUCAGCCAGAAGUCAAACCUUGGAAAACAUCAGAGCACUCACCACAGGAAUGAAACCCUAUGAAUCUGGAACAGUUUCAUUUUCAUGUCAUAUCCAAAGGACAUCAGAGAGUUCAUAUAGGGGGGAAAUCGUAUGAACGUAUGAAAUAGGGGAAAUUUUUCUUUGGAAGUCCUCAUAAUUCGUCAGGACUGCAUUCUGGGAAGAAACCCUAUGAAUGUAACUAAUGCAGGAAAGCUUUUGUUUGCAACUUAACUCUCAAAAUCCAACGUACGAGACAAUUCACACAGGGAAGUGCAGUGAUUUACACAUUUUCAGCAGUGAAAACCUAUGAAAACAUAAGGAAAAUCACAAAAGUGAAAAAUCCUAUAAAGGUGGUAAUAUGGGAAAAUCUUUAGACAGUUGUCAGAUGUAAAAAACAAGGGGAGGAAAAAUAAUUUUUUGUGUGUACUCUGUUAGGUUCAGUGGCUGGAGCCCUGCAAAUUGAAAGACAUUAACAGGAGAAAAAGGUUUAUUUCAUAUUCAUAUGGAGAGCGUCACAUAAGUGAAAUGAAAACUCCAUUGAGGUGAUAAGUCCUGUCAGUUUACAUGACAUUUAAACUGAGGAC